GCGUGGCAAGUACAGUUCUGUGCUUGUCCGUUCGUUCAUGCGAUUAAUGUCCUCGAAGGUCCUUUUCAGUUAAACGCGGUCAUAAGUUCUAGUAUCAUAAUUAUCGACAAAAGUAUCACGCGGUCCAAGACUAAAUAAUUUACGGUCCAAAGCUGCUGUUUUUCUUUUCUAAUUAAAAACUACAUGGUCGAAGAAAUCCACGUAACUCGAUGAUCCACGUUACAUAAUAUUCGUAAUAAGUUUGAGAUGAUUUAAAAGUUUCAUUGAAACAAAAAACAAUGGAUAUCACGGUAAAAGAUUCAGGUAGAGGUACCAGAUGGGUUUGCCCGAAUGAUCGACAUUUAGCGCUGAGGGCAAAGUUGCGUACAGGAUGGUCUGUAAAAACUGGUUCUCUAGAUUCAAAAUGGGAUAAUUAUUCGAAUUCUUACUCCGGUGGUACAAAUCGUUAUGCACAAUCGUUUGUAUUAAGCGAAGAAGAACAACAAACGAUCAUACAGGUCAUUCAAAGAGCGGAAGCUUUGGAUUUAUCAGAACAGGAACGAAUUGGUAGAUUAGUGGAAAGAUUAGAGAACAUGAAACGUAAUGUCUGUAUCGUCACUGGUACAAGAUUGAACGAGAAAAAAAAUUGUAGUACCCGGUGUUCCAGUACUACGCACUGUGUAUGUUCUUGCGCUCUUUGCGGUGAGAAAUUCGGUGCAGUUUUGGGCGCGACGCCAAAUCUUUGCAAAGAUUGUCGUAAAUACAUAUGCCAGAAAUGCGGCAUCGAAACCAACGAGCUUAAUUCAACGUUUUCGAACGGUUCGUCGACAAAAGGCGUAUUAGCUAUGGCGAAACAUGUGCAAGAAAGAACAACCAUGCAACGAAUUAUUAGACGUUCGAGUAGUAGUCAAAAACAAUUCCUUUGCAGAAUAUGCGCCGAGACUAGAGAAAUGUGGAAAAAGAGCGGUGCCUGGUUUAUCAGGGGGAUGCCAAAAUAUAUUUUACCCGAGAAAAAGGAACGAGGAUGGUCGAGGAUAGGUCACAAACAAUCUACCUGGACAAUCGGGGGAAAUAAAUCUCUUGAAUCUACCGAACUUCAAGAUUCCUCCUCCGACGAAGAAGUAACACGACGUCUGGCGUUAACUCGAGGUCACUCUAGCUCGUUUUCAAAUUUACAGAAGAAUCAGGACAGUACUGCUAACACAACGCUUUCGCCGUUUCUUAAUUCUGCUCAAUCGACUAGUAAUAGUGCAUCCAAAUCACCAGAACAAAAAUUAAACGAUAUAUCGCCGUUAAAUAAUCGCGAUGAAUAUGUCGAUCAAUUAGAUAGGUCCACUCUUUCGAUUACGUCUCAGUGCAGCCGAGUUUCGCCGACUGCUUCGGUUACGAGUUCCCGUUUACGGACAAAUGGAAGGACCAGCAACGAUUCACAAAUUGAACAGCGCGUGUCGUUCGAAGAUGAAAUUAUCGACGAAAAGAAUGCGAAAUUUGACGAUCCUUGCGAAUCGAAGGACGAUUAUCGUAAAAUAGAGUUUCAUUCGUGCGACCGAUUAAAAUGUUCUCAGGUACAAUCACUCAGACCGAAUUCUUCGAUGAUACCAACGACACCAACGUCGUCAAUCAUUCUAACCGAUCAAAUUCCGGAACAAUUUCAAAUACACGAGAAACACACGGAUCUGGAAGAAAAACGAUCGUGCUCAGGAAGGGAGAGUCUUUUCAACAGUGCUCACAGCAGCAAUCAAAUCGAUUUACCGCGACUACAAACGUCGGAGUACGAAACGGGGCGAAAUUAUGGAACUCUCGAAGUCUCCUUGCGAUACGACCCAGCAGUUCAGUGCCUCCAAUGCAAAGUGGAACGGGCACGAGAUUUACGGCCAAUGGAUAUUCACGGUCUCGCCGAUCCAUUUUGCAAACUCAACAUAUUACCAAUAAACACAAUUGCGACUACGAAGCGUCUACGGACAAAGACGGUUCACAAAACACGGGAUCCGGAGUUCAACGAGAUCCUAAAUUUUUACGGAACGGCAGAAACGGAUAUAUGGAGUGGCAAAGCACUGCACAUCCUGAUCCUCCAGGACGAUCCUGCAGGUCACGAUUUUCUAGGAGAAGCGAAGUUUCCCCUGCACGAGUUACAACCACGUCAAACGAAAUAUUAUAAUGUUCCAUUGCAAGAUCAUUAUCCAGUGGACAAUGAAGAGGCAUCUUGGGGCGUAUUUUCCAGUGGUCGAGGAGAGAUUCAAGUGAGUCUAAGUUACUGUACAAGACGCAGAGCAUUGAUGGUCACGGUUCACCGAGCUACAAAUCUACUUCCUAUGGAUAAUAAUGGAUUUUCUGACCCAUUUGUCAAGUUGUGCCUUAUAGAGAAUGUGACGAACAAUCAUAAACAACGUGUCUUUGAUUAUUCGAUCGCACGUAUCACCGCCAGAAAGCUAGUUUCGAAAAAGAUCGUAGGUCGUAAUUCACAAAAUACAACUGUCAAGUGGAAAACCCUAAACCCAGAAUGGAACGAGGAGUUCAUUUUUACUACUCGAUUAACAGACCUUAUGAAACUUACAUUAUAUCUGACAGUAUGGGACAAGGAUUUUGGCAAGAGUAACGAUUACCUUGGUGGACUUGAAUUAAGUUGCAAUAGCAAAGGUGCACGAUUACGGCAUUGGAUAGAUGCAAUUAAAUUUCCGGAUCAUCGCCAUCAAGCUUGGCACAAUUUAACUGAUGCUAUUUUGCCUACUGAAUAAUAAUUUAUGGUACCAUUUUGUUUGUAAACGUAUUAUUAAAAACAUUUUAACAAGGUCUGUAAUCGAUAUGCAUAAUAAUCUACAAAAUAUAAUUUGUUUACACGUGAUCUGUACUAUUGCUCAAAGUGUAUUUAUCAUUAAAAAACAAAAGUUAACACGAUAAUAAAGAUAUUACAUUAUCGGUAAACUAUUUUUAUCUUUCGCUGAUAAAUUUUAAGUUUUUCCUCAUUUUUCCACUGAUAAGUUUAGUUCAUGUGCUUAUAGAAUGUGCUCUUUUAAAGACAGUCUGGUUUCUAAUUAAUGUUUUCAAAUUUGAU